AUGACAUCUCAAACAGACGACCAGCACGUCCUUGUCAUGGGUGCAGGCGUCAUCGGCCUUACCACGUCCCUCGUCCUGUCUCACGCCUACCCCAACGCCAAGAUAACGGUGGUAGCAAAGCACUUCCCUGGAGACCGUUCCAUAGAAUACACGUCUCCCUGGGCUGGCGCAAAUUGGUCUUCCAUGGCCAACGACAACGGACCUCUAGAGAAAUACGACGAGGUGACCUUUCGCCGCUUUGGCGAGCUUGUUGAUGGAAAGGAAGUAUUUGGAUGCCAAACACUGAAGGCUGGUGAGACGAAAGGUAUAGAUGGAGUGAAUGGGGGAGGCAAUGAAGCAGGUUUGGGGAGAAUGGGUAUGUGGGGUGUGUUUGACGCGCCAAUCGAAGAGACAGGUCUUUUGACGAAAGAGACGGGAAAGGUGUGGUACGACCAGCUAGUCGGAGGUUUGAGGAAUUUGGGGGAAAGUGAGCUUCCCAAGGGCGCGACGUUUGGUCUUGAUUACCCAAACACGUUCAGGAUUAAUACGCAGAUAUAUUUACAGUGGCUCCAAGUUCAAGCCCUAAGCAAAGGCAUCACACUCGUCCGUCGCCACUACCCAUCCGUCUCAGACGUCUUGGCCGACCACCCAUCAACUACUCUCCUGAUAAACUGCACCGGAAUUGGCUCUCUAAACCUCUCGGACAUCAAGGAUACAAACCUCUACCCAACACGUGGCCAGACCUUACUAGUUGCCGAGCCUAAGAAACCAAUUACUCGAAUGUAUGAAAUGGAAAGGGUCAAGUAUUUCCGCUCCCCAAAGCGGAUCGAUCCAACGACGACAUAUGUGUUUCCUCGCCCACUGGGCGGUGGCGUUAUCCUAGGUGGUAGUCGACAGGAUAACGAUUGGAGUGCGGAGUGGGAUGAAGAACUUGGUCAAGACAUCAUGAAGCGAUGUUGUGAGUUGUGUCCCGAGUUAGGGAAGCCGGAGGAUUUGCAGAUUAUCGCGAAGAAUGUGGGGUUGAGACCUUCACGCAAGGGCGGCCCAAGGAUUGAGACGGAGAUGGGGAAGUGGAAAGUUCCGGUUGUGCAUUGCUAUGGGCAUGCUGGUGCGGGCUAUCAAUCAUCAUGGGGAUCCGCCGAGCGCGUCCUUGAACUCGUUCAAAAGACGCAAGCACCGAGCUCAAAGCUAUGA